GCCCAGCUGCCUUUGCUUCGACUACGAAACGGGUCAUGUCAUGGAUUCUGCGUGGGAUAAGUAUCAGCACAAUGAAAAGAUACCGCCUGCUCCUCAAUGAACACCAGAGAUGGACUUUCCCCCUCCCUUAUAAAAAGCCUGGCGAGCUUCCUCGCCUUAUCUUGCGAUGUCAUUUCCCUCGCUACGUUCUCUGUCCAGAGCUCGAUCAACUAUUUCAAAAGCACCAUCGCCUGCAGAAGCGCAGUCCGAUGAGUUUCGUCCGUUCGUUGAUCGUCACCUAGAAGCUAUCAAACCUUUGCCUCCCAUUACUCUUCUCAAUCUACCUGGGCGAGUUAUCUGGUUCAACGUCAUAGUUAUUACCACAACUCCUUUGUUAUCGCUGUAUGGUAUCUUCACUACACGGGCGGUAGCGCAAACAGUUCUGUUCAGUAUUGCUUUCUAUGUGUGGAAUAUGUUAGGCAUCACUGCCGGUUACCAUCGUCUAUGGUCACACAGAUCGUACAAUGCCACAAAACCCUUGCAAUAUUUCCUUGCUACUGCAGGAGCGGGAGCGGUCCAAGGAUCCAUCAAGUGGUGGAGUAGAUCCCAUCGUGCACACCAUCGAUACACUGACACCGAUCUUGACCCUUAUGGCGCCCACCACGGUUUAUUCUGGUCGCACAUUGGAUGGAUGCUUGUGAAGCCUAGUACGCGGCCAGGUCCCGCUGAUAUCAGUGAUCUCAAGCAGAACCCAGUUGUGGACUGGCAACACCGGUGGUUCUUUGUCUUGGCUUUGUUUUUCGGCGGUUUCGUCCCUGCAGCUGUCCCAGGUUUGCUCUGGGAUGAUUGGAGAGGCGGUCUCUUCUUUGCCGGUUUCUUGAGGCUCACUUGCGUUCACCACUCAACAUUUUGCGUCAACUCCCUGGCACAUUGGCUGGGAAAUACAACCUUCGAUGACAAACUAAGUCCUAGGGACCACUUGUUGACUGCCAUUGUGACACUAGGAGAAGGUUAUCAUAACUUCCACCACCAAUUCCCCAUCGAUUACCGGAACGCGGUGAAAUGGUAUCAAUGGGAUCCUACCAAAUGGUUCAUCGCGACCUGUUCCUAUAUCGGGUUGGCGAGUCACCUUCGAAGGUUCCCCGAUGUUGAGGUCAAGAAGAGUAUGCUCACGAUGCAGCUUAAGUCUCUGAAAGCCGAGGUUGAUCGUAUUCUUUGGCCCCCGUCUUCCAAUGAUCUGCCAGUGAUCAGCUGGAACAAUUUUCAAGCCCAAUCACGAAGCAGGCCAUUGAUCGUGAUCUCGGGCUUCAUUCAUGACAUGAGUGACUUCCUGGAUCAGCAUCCUGGAGGUCGUCGACUUCUUGUCCAAAAUAUUGGUAAGGAUGCGACUGCGAGCUUUCUUGGCGGCGUGUAUGACCAUUCACAUGCAGCUCAGAACCUGCUAGCGACGAUGCGCGUAGGAGUUCUCCAUGGCGGUUUGGAACACAUUGACGAAUUGGCAAUACCCCCCUGUCAGAGGCUGCAGAUCGUAAAGUGGAGCGGUGCCGUGCACAGUGGUUGCUCCGCGGGGAUGUAACAUGUAACCAUUGAUCUUGACAGCUACGAGAGUAGAUGGAGUAAUGCUGUCAAAGUCAAAGUCCGGCUAUUUUUCUAUACGCUCAAAAUCAGCAGUUUUAAAUCGGUAAUGCGACAUUCUGUUGUACAACGAGCCAGAGUAUGUUAUAUGUAU